UAUUACAAAUUAACUAUAGAAAUAUUCAUCAAAAUGCCAGACGAUUUAGAACUCGACGAACUAACCGAUGACCAGCUUGCAGAAUUUAAAAAACAAUUUGAUAAUUUUGACUUCCGGAAAGAAGGAGCUAUUAUGACCUCUGACCUCGGCACAGUACUGAGAGCUUGUGGUCAAGUUCCAACAGAAGCUUGGUUGAGGGAAAGAUCUAAAGUUGCCGAUCGUGAUGGUAAAGGCAUUCUUGAAUGGGAUUCGUUUAUUCGACUUGCGAAACAAUCACUGAGAUCAGCUGGAAAUCCUGACGACGAAUUGCUCGAAGCUUUCAGGAGAUUUGACAAAUUCGGAUCUGGUCAGUUAGAAAGUUCUGAAAUUCGUGAAGUACUGACUACACUCGGAGAUGUUUUAUCACCAGACGAAGUUGAUGAAUUGAUAACAGAUGCUGAUAUAUUAGGAACAGGGAAAAUUAACUAUGAGUCUCUAUGUAGAAUGCUUAUAUAUGGUCCAGAUUAAGGAAGUAUAUAACUUUAAAUUAUUUAAUUAAAUCUAAAAUGCUUUAUUCUGCUUGCUUUUGGUAUAUUAUCCAAGCACUACAGAUCAAAAAUGCUUCUUCAUCCAAAUAACUAUGCUUAUGUUAUUUUAUUGGUCUUUAUCGUUAGAUUUUAUGUCAUAAAUAUGUCUGCUCUCUACUGUAGGAUUGAAAUAUCGAAGGUACUUCUCCUUUCUCUUUAUACCAGGGGUGUGCAUAUUUGGGGGGCCGCAAGAAAAUAUUAUACAGCCUGCGGGUGAGUGCCAAUUUUGAAUGGUGUGCCGCCCGCGAAAAAAGUUUUCAAUUUAGUUGAAUCUGGUACUUGCGAAUAAUUCCAAUUCCUCUUCGUUGCAAAGCCUAUACCUGAGCCCAUUUCAUUAGUUAUGUCAAUGACUUCACAAUGCUUUUUGUACUGGCAACCACUAGACAGCCUAUGUCAAAUAUAGGUGCGGCCCGCGGUUUUAUCCAGUUAUUUGUAUCUGGCCCUCCUGUAUUAAAGGUUUCACACUCAUGCUUUACACUAUUGGAUCCAUAUGUACUUAGUGGAUACUAUAGCAAGAAACAAUAGGCGAAAUGUAUAUUUUUUUUACAAAGUAUAUAUUUUAUGUUUACCCUUUUUUCUCUCUUCUAAUUUUAUUUUGUCUGGGUGAUUGCAAUUAAUUUAGUCCUCUUUAGUGAGCGGACACAUACCCCUUCUUUUAACAACACCUUUCAAUCUAAAUUCUGUUCAUUUAUAACCUUGCUCAAGGUUUUGUACGCUCUCCUGAUUCUGUAAUCAGUUUUAUUUGUUUUUAUUAAUUACCUUAUCGUUUUUCAUGCUAAUUAUCAAGUCAAAAUAAACUUAUAUCCAUACUUCGAAAUUUAAGAGAACCAGAGCUGAACAAUUUAUUAUUCUUCUUAGCCCGAGAAAAUUUUGUUUGAAAAGAAAAAUGUUUUAUUUGAAAAAAACGUUGAAAAUACGUGUUCAUAAUAAGGAUAUGUGAACAAUAAAGAAAUGUAAAUAUCCAAAAUAAGGCGGUCAAGAUCAAAUCGAACAAAUAUUUUGAUUUUUAAUCUGCUUCACGCCCCCUCAAAAAUUGUUUGCACCCUACCGUUGAGAACCAUUGUUUCAUAUUAAUGAUUAUUCAAAUAUUCUUUACAAAGCUUGUUAUAUCAUUUAAAAAUAUUACUAUAUCGAGUUUAAAAUUGUGAUUGAGUAAUUUGCAUAAUAAAAUUUAUUUUAAUAA